AUGACUGUCGAUGGGACCGGCUCGGGCUCGGCUGGUCUCAUGCGCCGGGCGGCCACGCCGGCUCCCAUCAGCAUUGAGAACUCCGCGUUUUCCCCGUCUCCUUCGUUGAGGGACGAGGAUGGUGAGGACGAAGCGAACAACAAAUCCGCGAAAUCCUCGAGAAUGCGCCUGCAGUCGUACUCGACAGAGGAUCUGGAGAAGAAGCAGGAAGCCGAACUGGCAGACACGCACUUUCUCCGACGCAUGUUCACAUCUCACUCUCGUCAGCAUGCCCAUGUCGAGAAGAUGAGGGCAGGCGGCCGCAUCGGAAAGUUGGUGAAGCAUCCUGGUUUCGAUUUAUUCUUUGCAGCCGUCGUGAUCACCAACGCCAUCUUCAUAGGCAUCGAUGUCCAACGAACGACCGAGGCCGAGACUGGCGACAGGCCGGCCGGCUACAUGGUUAUCGGGUACAUCUACACACUGCUUUACAUAGCUGAGCUCGUGUUGCGGCUCUCUGCUCACGGCUUGAGACUCUUCUGCUCGGACGAUUGGAUGUGGGUGUUGUUAGAUUGCUUCAUUGUCGCGACCUCGAUAUGGGAUGUCUUUGUGGACAUUCUGACGGCCAUUCUGCCACCGGACGAGAACGGCUUCGAGAGCGUCUCGGGGCUUUCGACCCUGAAGGCUUUCCGAGUUGUUCGUGUGACCCGUGUUUUGAAGAUCGCUCAGCUAUUGCGGAUCUUCCGCUUCGUCAUGGCUCUUCGAACUCUGGUACAGUCCAUCUUUCACACGCUCAAAGCCUUAGUGUGGGCUCUGCUUCUACUGCUUCUGAUCGUGUAUGUUUUCGCCGUAAUCUUCACCCAAGCUAUCAGCGACUACAGGGUGGAUCAGAGCGCAGCCGGCGAGGUCCUGCCCGACAUCGUUGGCAACGACGGGAUACUCUACUUUGGAAGCCUUAUCGACAGCAUGCUCAGUCUUUUUAUGAGCAUCGCUGGAGGAGUUAGCUGGGAAGUGGCUAUUCGGCCGCUGUCAGAGGUGUCAUGGUAUUGGGGGCUUGCUUUCAUCUUCUAUGUGGCCUUCACAUAUUUUGCCGCUACUUGA